GUUGCUGCUCCCCCCGCCGCCCGCAGCCAUGGAAACGAAGGACGGCGCCCGCAGAGGUACACAAAGCCCGGAGCGGAAAAGGCGAAGCCCAGUGCCGCGGGCGCCCAGCACGAAGCUGAGGCCGGCGGCUGCGGCCCAGGCCAUGGAUCCGGUGGCGGCCGAGGCCCCGGGCGAGGCCUACCUAGCGCGGCGGCGGCCGGAGGGCGAUGGCGGGUCCGCGCGGCCGCGCUACAGCCUGCUGGCGGAGAUCGGGCGCGGCAGCUACGGCGUGGUCUACGAGGCAGUGGCCGGGCGCAGCGGGGCCCGGGUGGCGGUCAAGAAGAUCCGCUGCGACGCCCCCGAGAACGUGGAGCUGGCGCUGGCGGAAUUCUGGGCCCUGACCAGCCUCAAGCGGCGCCAUCAGAACAUCGUGCAGUUUGAGGAGUGCGUCCUGCAGCGCAACGGGCUCGCCCAGCGCAUGAGUCACGGUAACAAGAGCUCCCAGCUGUACCUGCGCCUGGUGGAGACCUCGCUCAAAGGGGAGAGGAUCCUGGGUUAUGCUGAAGAGCCCUGCUAUCUCUGGUUUGUCAUGGAGUUCUGUGAAGGUGGAGACCUGAAUCAGUACGUCCUGUCCCGGAGGCCUGACCCUGCCACCAACAAAAGCUUCAUGCUACAGCUCACAAGCGCCAUUGCCUUCCUGCACAAAAACCACAUCGUACACAGGGACCUAAAGCCAGACAACAUCCUCAUCACAGAGCGGUCUGGCACCCCCAUCCUCAAGGUGGCAGACUUUGGACUAAGCAAGGUCUGUGCCGGGCUGGCACCCCGAGGCAAAGAGGGCAAUCAAGACAACAAAAAUGUGAAUGUGAAUAAAUACUGGCUGUCCUCAGCCUGCGGCUCAGACUUCUACAUGGCUCCUGAAGUGUGGGAGGGACACUACACAGCCAAGGCAGACAUCUUUGCCCUGGGCAUUAUCAUCUGGGCAAUGAUAGAAAGAAUCACUUUUAUUGACUCUGAGACCAAGAAGGAACUCCUGGGGACCUAUAUUAAACAGGGGACUGAGAUCGUCCCUGUUGGUGAGGCGCUGCUAGAAAACCCAAAGAUGGAGUUGCACAUCCCCCAAAAACGCAGGACUUCCAUGUCUGAGGGGAUCAAGCAGCUCUUGAAAGAUAUGUUAGCUGCUAACCCACAGGAUCGGCCUGAUGCCUUUGAACUUGAAACCAGAAUGGACCAGGUCACAUGUGCUGCUUAAAAUUCAGGGCUGAGCAUCUUGGGUGUUUUUAAAGUAGGUCGAUCCCUCGGGACCCACAGUCUCACCAUGUCUCCUACAGAGGACGGCAGAGGGUACAGGUGGUGGCUUGGCCGGUUGGCGACCUCCCGACAGCUGGAUCUCCGGCAAUGUGAAGCUUUGUUUGGGUUUCUCUUCCCUUCUAGUUUUGCUUAAUUUUUCUUUUCUUUCUUUCUUUCUUUCUUUCUUUUUUGGUUUUUUACUUUUUAAAUUUAAACCAUUGAGACGUCAGAAGAGCAGGAAGCUAUGCUGUGGACAGGCACCAAUUUCUUUAAAGAAAUCUAAUGUGGACAAGGCAUAUGUAUACGUUUCACCUUUAAUUUGUAUGUGGGGUUAGGGAGCUCUUUUUGGUUUUGUCUUUACUUUCCCUCUGUCUUCCUUCUGUACACAUCUCUCAGUUCUGCUUGACACUCACUUUUCCAGAGAAGGCCUGCUCCCCAGAGAGAAUCUGGGGUUUCUCCUGGAACCUGGUGUGAAGACAAGGUGCCUCUGGGCUACCUCCCUGCCAGAUGCAGGAACAGCUAGACUCCUUGUGGGCUGGCCCUGGCUAGUCCCAGGGCCUCAGAAAUAAUCAGAGACGAAGAACCAUCUGGAAGAGGAGGGCCAGGGUUUGGCCAGGAGAACUCAAGAAAGAGGGAUAAACUCCGGGUUGUGUUCUCUUUAAGCUGUUGUAAGCCCCAGGCCACCCAGGACUUGGUGGGAGUCUCUUCCUCUUCUGUCCCUUUAACUGGUAACUUUGAGAGAGAGGUGGCGAGGGCAUCUCCCACUUGCUGGCAGUCGAGCAGCCAUCCCAGUUCUGUGAGCCUACCUUUCUGUUAGGAAAAACUGUCGUGCCAAACUCUGCCUGGGAUGUAGCUGGGUCUUCAGCAGGCACCUGUCGCUGCUGUGAGGUCAGCCCCCACCUGCUGCCUCCUGGGUUGUCCUCCCAGAUCCGUCUGCGGUGUCCAAGUGUCCCAGAGACUGAGUCAGCCUGAGAUCUGGGUGUGAAUAUUGCCAUGAUAAUAGGGUGUCCUGAACUGGCUGCCAUUGUUGUCUCAUCGCAGUAAAGGAUAUGCCCGUGUUUGGACCCAUGGUGUCAUUCAUACACGGUGACGCAUACUGUCAAGCGCCAUUUCCUUCUCCCAGGACUUACGGUUAGGUGCCCACACUAAGUGUAAAUGUGUCUGCUGGGGAGAUAAUGCCCCUGCCCAGAGCAGGGAGGUGUCAUGGCCUGGGUAGACCCUGUGUGGCCGUUGGGGACGCAUUUGUGGACUUGCCACCUUCAUCUUCCCCAGCCGUGGCCUCAAGCCCACACCCCACACCGCCCACGCCUGUCUGUUGUAGCCAUCCUUGCACCCUCCAGCUGUGCUCUGGCAC